GACCUCAGGCGCACCGAGACGCGCAGAGACGCAGUGGACACGUCCACCAUGGCGCUGUCAAAUGUCCUCGAAACUCCGGCUGCUGGAUUUAAUUUUGACAACGCAGCAAGAAAUGCUGCGUUGGAGGGUCUUUUCGACGGAGGACAAACACCAAAACCACUGAAAACAGGCACCACCAUCGCAGGGCUGGUGUUCAAGGAUGGAGUGGUGCUCGGAGCCGACACAAGAGCCACCUCCAGUGAAGUUGUAGCUGACAAGAUGUGUGCCAAGAUUCACUACAUUUCUCCUAACAUAUAUUGUUGUGGAGCAGGAACAGCAGCAGACACAAAGAAAACCACAGAUCUGCUUUCAUCCAACCUCACCAUUUUCUCGAUGAACAGUGGGAGGAAUCCCCGUCUCGUCAUGGCUGUGAACAUACUGCAGGACAUGCUGUACAGGUAUCACGGUCAGAUCGGUGCCAGUCUGAUCCUGGGAGGAGUGGACUGUACUGGGAACCACCUGUACACAGUGGGGCCAUAUGGGAGUGUAAAUAAAAUGUCUUACCUUGCAAUGGGUUCUGGUGAUCUGGCUGCUCUUGGGAUUUUAGAGGAUGGCUUCAAACAUAAUUUAGAGCUGGACGAAGCUAAAGAGUUGGUGCGAGCCGCGAUCCAUGCGGGCAUCAUGAGUGACCUCGGCUCAGGACACAACAUCGACAUCUGCGUCAUCACCAAACAAGGAGUGGACUACAUCAGACCCUACCGGGAGUCAGAAUACAAAGAUGACAGAAAAAUGAAAUAUAAGUAUCGUCCAGGAACUACAGCCGUUCUGACAGAGAAAGUUGUUCCCUUGAAGCUGGAGGUUGUUCAGGAAACUGUGCAGAAGAUGGAAACAGCCUGA